CAUCCCUCACUUUUGAUACAGGAGGAACUGACAAAGGGGAAAAAGGACGAGAGAAUGCACUCCCUUUCCCUGUUGCUCUUAAGCUUUUGUUUGUCCUUCCCGAGUUUGGAAGCAGGUCACUGGUGCUAUGAUUCUCAGUCUAUCAACUGUGGACCCAUCACCUGGAAGAAUGAGUAUCCAACGUGUGGCCAGAAUAAUCAGUCUCCCAUCAACAUCUUAACCAAGAAAGCUAAACUUGAUAGAAGCUUGGCUCCCAUUAUCUUUAAGGGUUAUGAUCAUGUUGGUACAGAACCUACUUGGCAGAUCUCAAACAAUGGUCACACAGUUACUGUGAAAAUAAACGGACACAUUGCCAUCGAAGGUGGAAACCUUCCAAAUACAUACAAGGCAGUACAGUUCCAUUAUCAUUGGGGAACAGUAUCUAAUCCUGGGUCAGAACAUAAAAUAGAUGGGGAACAGUAUCCCAUGGAGAUGCAUAUUGUCCACCAUAAUGAAAAAUACGGUUCUUUCGAAGAUGCUGUUAAAAAUCCUGAUGGUGUGGCUGUGCUGGGAUUUUUAUUUGAGGAAUCAACUAAAAAUAAUGAAGAAAUGAAUGUCCUCAUCAAUGCUCUGCAGUUAGUUUCAAAAACUGGUAACUCAAGUCUGUUAAAACCAUUUGCACUGAAUAGAAUUAUUCCAGACCAUGAGAAGCUUAAGAAAUACUACCGCUACCGUGGCUCAUUGACUACACCUGCAUGUCAGGAGUCAGUAAUCUGGACAGUAUUUCCAGAGCCCAUUCCUAUCAACAAGGCCCAGCUCGACAAAUUUUCUAACAGACUUUUCUUCGAAGAUUCACAACCUAUGACUUUAAACUUCAGGCCCAUUCAAAAACUAAAUGGUCGUCCAGUCUAUGUUUCCGAUUCAGCUGUGAGACUUUUCAAUGUGGCAUGGCUGUCAGUAAUACUUGCAGUCUUGAUAUCUAUGUGAUUCAACUGAGCAACCUAUAGAUCCCAUUGUCACAAGUGAAGCAGAUUUUCUUCUUCUGUCCAGCGGCUAUAAAGGGAAAUUCCAGUGGUAUAACUAUCUCAGUCUGUACUAAUUAAUAAUAAUUGACAUUCUUCUUCUCAUUUGAUAAGUCCUGGAAUGAAAAAGGAACAAAACAAAGACUGUCCUGUUAUCACUUUGAUCUACCAGUGCACUUAGCAAAUGGGUGGUAUUCCUGUAGUAGCGUAUUAUUUUAAGUGUACUUGUGCACUGGUACAGUAGAGAUUGUUUCAAGAGGAAAUCUCAUUAGAACAUGGUUUGAAUCAGUUAAGGAUUGUGCUUCAUAACAGAAGUUCAGUUUUCACACAUGUCAUAUGAUACUGGGCUGUGCUUUUUAAUAAUAAUAGAUUAAAAUGUUACAAAUGAAAGAAAAUUGAAGCACUUGAACUUGCAACCACAGCCUACCAAAAAUACAGAAUAAAUGGUGACCAUACUUGGUUCCUAAAACAGGAAGCACCUGUAUGCCUAUCUCUUUUAUCCUAAGCAGCUUUCUCCCCGGGUCUAACUAACUAGCGACAUUUAAUGACUAUAAACAUAAAGGUAAUGGCAGUGGGAGGAGUGAUUUUAAGUGCCAUUCAUUUUUAAUUAGGUUCCCAUCAAUGCGUGGCAGGAAGAGGGCAAAGUGAUUUUAACCACUGCCCUGUGGAAAAGAUUUUGAUAAGGUCUCGCAGAGGGGGAACAAAGGAGAUUUGCUAGAAUUAUACAAAGGCUGAAGUACUCAUUUAUGUAAGGAGACUGAAGAAGCUGGAAUUCACCUCAGCACAGAGAAUGUUAAGGGGAGAUUUAAUAAAGGUAUUCAAAUUAUGUGGAUUUUUAACAAAGUAGAAUGAUUUCAAAUAAUGGCAAAUGAAUCAGAAGGGAGACGAGAACAGUUUUUUCAACAUAGCAAGCUGUUGCAAUCUGGUUAGAAUUAGAAUUGCAAUUAAUGUCUGCUGAUGGCAUUGGACCCUGCCUUGCCACUGAAUCAGGAGAUCUGGUUUAAAUUGAUGAUGUGAGAUCGAGGUGGAACAUUGUCGGGUAAAUCACUGGGUGAAUUUUAACUGCCACCACCCCUGAUUUCAGCUAUUAUGUAUAAAAUUACAGUCUAACAAAUAUAUCAGGAUGGAAUGGGCUAUGCUCAGAUCCCACCUCAUCUUUAUCUGCCAUUUCAAAUUUUGAUAGCUUCAUUUUGACAUAUUAAGAAUUUGUUUAAAUCAAAAGUUUCUUGAAUUGCUUUCCUGAGGUUUCUCUUUAAAAUAGACCUGAUUUACUUCAUUUCAUGUUUAAUCAUGCUUUAAGCAGUUUAUAUUCAUUGUAUUAAUGUUAACAUAGAUGUAUUGGAGGAUCAGGUAAAUAACUUGAAUUUGUACAAAAACUCAUUUUGCAGUUAAAUCCUAUCAGAAUGAAUAAGGUUUGGUUGCAGUUAUUUUACUUGAUAAUACAUGUGAAAUUGAUGUUUAAAAGCACUAAUUAACUAAAAAUAAUCAGCUAAUACCUAACCAUAUGCACAAUUAUUUUAGCUGGCACAUCUCUGAAUAGAUUCCUUUUAUAAUUACUCUGAAACAUAAAUCUGGAGCAUUGCCUAGUUGUCAGCUGGUAAAUGGUAUGGAGCUUCAAACUGACUCAAAUGUGUGAGCAAAUCACCGUGUGAAAAACUGAACUUUCUCCUAAGCGUGCUGAAGUACUUGAAAUCACACUGCAGUAUUAGCAGCAAGGUAGCUAAAAUAAACAGGUUAACACCAUUAAAGUUAGGAAGGAAAUUCAUAUAAAUGCAUUAAUGUGUUAAUUACUAACAGGCAGCACACUUUCAAUCCCUGGUGAAAAAAGCAUCAGUGUUAUCUUACAGUAUAAUCAAGUAUCCAAAAUUCAAAUUUAAGGAGUAAGUUAAGGGCACUUAUACAAUUUUAUGAAGAACCCAAUCUCAAUUUUACACAGGAUUCAGGGACAGGCUUCAGGGAUUAUAUACAGAUGUAGUGUAUGGAACGUUUUGCUGUAGAGUUCCAAUUAAAUAAAGCAGACGUUUACAGUAAUUAGAGAGAGCAUGAUGAUGGUCAGCUCCACAAUUGAUUUCAGCAGUCAGUGAUCAGUGCCAUAAGAAAAACAGAGUGCUGGAGAAACUCAUCUGUGGAGACAGAGUUACUGUUUUGAGUCCAGUGACCCUUGGAGGAAACAUUUGUUUUUCUCUUUACAGAUGCUGCCAGACCUGCUGAGUUUCUCCAGCACUUUCUCUUUUUGCUUCAGAUUUUUAGCAUCUGCAGUUUUUUUCUUUUUAUUUUAGUGAUCAGUGCCAUGCAUCAUACAAUCACUUUAUAACUUAACAGUUCCAUUGAAUGGCACAGCACAGGAACAGGCCCUUCAGCCCAUCAUGUCUGCACUGACCAUGAUGCCAUUAAGACUAUUUGAAGAUCACUAAUUUGCUUCUGAAUUUCAAACUGGACUGAUAAAAUUCCUAUCUUCCAUUCUGAAUGACAUGCAUAACAACCUUUCCUCCUGCCAUCCAGCAAAUUGUUCCCUGAGUUAUUUUCAUGUCAGUGUCUGUCUUUGUAUAACCAUAGUGUUAGCUUGACUUCCCGUUAUGAGGGAGAGAUGGUGAGUUGCCACUGCAAUCCUGUGAGAUGAAGGUACUCUCCAUCCCUAGGUGCCAACCUUGUAAUCAGAGGUCAGAACUCCACUCUCUUGCUUGGAAAAAAAAAGUAUAACUACAAUCCUUGAGACAUUCUUUAUUUGUGUGAAGAAUUUUAUUAAAAAUGAGGAAUAUCUUCUGUGAAUCAGAGCAAAAAAGAUGUGAACUGAUAGAGGCUGACUAGAUUUUCUUUGCCCUUAAUUUUUUUUAGUGCAAUUAAUUAAUUAUAAAAUUUAAAGAUAUUGAUCAUGUGUCUUUGAGAGAGAACAGUCAUCUCCCUUCACAAAGCCACACAAAUUGAAAUUGAGCGUUGACUACCAAUUUUGUAUGAUUAUUAAAUGUAUUGCAACUUCCCAUUGUUAAUUGCCUGCUUUUUUUCAGUCUACUUCUAUUGUUUAUUUAUAUUUGUUUAUUUCAGCCUAGAUCAGUGUUUUUUUUUAAUUAAACUAAUUAUGUUGUCCUUUGGCAGAACUUAUUAACAUUCCAAUAGUUUGAGCCAGGCAAUGUUAGUGCUGUGCUGACCUUUGUAUUAUGUUUCCUUGGGCUGAGUUUUACAUUUCAGACAGGUCAUCAGGGAGAGGCACUGAGCAAGGUUGUGUAUGUAGCAAUUCUCUGAGGAAGGAAGAAAUGUUGAGAAGGUCAUGCUAAGACUCACACAUACCUCAGCAGAUACACAGCUUUGUUGUCAGAGAUCUGAGACUAAGGGUCCUGUCACCAUCUGCAGUGACUGGUGAAUAUAGAGACCUAAGAGACGGCAGAAAAUUGUAAUACGGAAGUGAGUAGUGUACUGCCCUAAUGUACUAGUUAUGCAUUAAAAUUUAUUUAAUGCUGCCCUCAGUAACACAAGCUUGGCAAUUUAGAAUCUGAAACAAAAUUGGAUAUUAAAAAGUCUCAGGUGCCAUAGUGGUUAUAACAGUUUAGUAAUGUGUGUAUAUAUGCCAGUGUAUAUGUAUUUUUGUACAGGCAGGAAGUUGUCUCCUGUUUAAUAUAUAUAUAUAAAAUGUGUGUGUGAGCAUAUAAAAUACACUUAGAUUUGAGGGCAAAAAUGGGACUAAAGUAUUAAUUUACAAAAUCUUUGUAACGCUGAGCAGUUGAUAAUUCUCUGCACCUGUAUAAAUGUAAAUGAUAUCAGCUCGGAUGGAGAAGGAUAUAUUUUUUUCCCCUGGGCUGUGCAGUGCUAUAGUUUGACUGUGUGGUUUCAGGUGGCCUCAAGAGGCACAGAGCAAUAGGAACAACAAAAUGUUGCAAAGUGUCAUAACCUCAAAAUUAAAUCCAUUCAGAGUUUUAGUAUAUUUGAUACCAGUGGAGAACAUGUAUUUGUGAACAGGUAGUUUCUUUAUAGUAGUGUAUUCUACCUUAAGUGAAGUGACAACAAAGCUAAAUACCAGAGAUAUCCCACUGUUGAGACCAUUGAACAAAGGCUCCUUUGAACAGGUGCAGCUGCAUUUUUGUUUGCUUCCACUUGACCAAGUUAUUUUUGUUAUAAGACAUAGAUUGCAUUAGUAAUAUAACGUUAGAGGAAAAUAUUGUUGCUCAUAUCUUUUGAUGUUGUAUGUUCAUGGGAAGAUAAUAGCAAUUGCAAACCAUUGGACUCUUUAUAAUCUGUAUGCAGUAACGAAAUCCUGUAAUAGUUCUGUACAUUUACAAUUGUAUUUAAUGGAAACAUGUAAAUAAAGUUCACUGAGAUUUGUAAUUUUGUUAACAAUAUGGAUAUAUCAUGGCAGUACUGAGCGAACUGGAAUAUUGCUAUUGACGUGUAAAUGAAAAAAUAUUUUGUAAAAUGUAAACCUUUUGGAUCCAGAUAUUUUUCCAGUUCAUUUUGUGACUUUUUAAUCGAACAAUAAAGAAAUGUGCAAUCUAA